UUUAUUCUUCCUUCCACCUUUUUUCCAACUCGAUCACUCGUGAAUUAAUCGUCGGAUUGUAGGAAGAAGAUGAUCCUCCGGAUCCGCAGCCGAGACGGCAUGGAGCGCGUCGCCGUGCCGGACCCUUCCACCGCCACCGUCGCCACUCUUUGCUCCCUCAUCGAGUCGCAUCUGGGCGUUCCCGCCACCGUCCAAACCCUCUCCCUCGAUCACAACCUUCUCCUCCCCUCCAAGGCUCAGAGCCCAGCCCUCGACCCCGCUACCCCCCUCUCCUCCCUCCCCAUCGGCCACGGCUCCAUAGUCUACCUGUCCUACCCUGCCGACCUCCGCCGUGCCGCCGCCGCCCCCACGCCUCCGCCCUUCACACCCGCUGGAUCCUUCGGCCGCCACAAGAUGACCAUCGACGACCUCAUCGCCCGUCAAGUCCGCGUCGCCCGCCAGGAGUCCCCCCACUGCGACGCCGCCUCCUUCGACCGCGACGCAGCCCACGCAUUCCAGCUCUACGUUGCCGACACCCUCGCCUUCGCCGUCAAGCGCGCCGGUUUCCUCUACGGCCAUGUCGACCAGGCCUCCCACUCCGUCGCCAUCGACUUUGUCUACGAGCCUCCCCAGCAGGGCUCUGAGGACGCGGCGGCCCUCUUCCGCGAUCCUGACGAGGAGGCCCUCGUUGAGGCCAUCGCUGCCGGCCUCGGCAUGCGUCGGGUGGGAUUUAUCUUCACCCAGGCCGUCGGCCGCAAGGCCGGCACCGCCGAGUACACCAUGUCCGGCCGCGAGGUCCUGCAAGCCGCCGAAAUGCAGGCCGAGGGCGGCAUCCCCGAGUGGGUGACCGCCGUGGUCAAGCUCGAUGUUGCGGAGGACGGCGCCGCAGACGUGCACUUCGAGGCCUUCCAGAUGAGCGACAUCUGCGUUCGCCUCUUCAAGGAGGGAUGGUUCGUGACGGAGUUCGGAGAGGAUGACGACCCCAGGGUGUCGAGGAUGAAGAAGGAUGUGGUUGUCGGGGGCAAGGAUACGAGGGAGGUUGACAACGAUUUCUUCUUGGUGCCAGUCAAGAUCUCCGAUCACCAGGGGCCAUUAUCUUCGAGUUUUCCUAUAGAGAACCGGAUUACUCGAGUGACCCUCAAGGCCCUAAAGAACCACUUGGAUCGGACAAAGCACCUCCCGUUUGUAAGGCGCAUCUCCGAUUUUCAUCUGCUUCUCUUACUCGCGAGGUUCUUGGACGUAAAUGCUGAUGUACCAACGCUCGCUGAAUGUGUGCAGAAGCAAUCAUCGGUGCCAGAAGGUUAUCAGCUUCUGAUAGAAUCCAUGGCUGCUGCGUCUUGAAAUUAUAUGCUGCAUGUACGAGUCAUACAAACCUUGUUAAUUUUUCCUGUGUAGUCUCUUUCUUAUGGACACUUUCAUGUAGAUUUACUACUUGCGAUACAAUUUUUUUUUAGGGUCAAUUUACUUUGAGUUGGUGAACUUAAAAUCUUUCUGUUAUGUUGAUCUUUAUAAUUAACAACAUAAA